AUGGUAGUAGUUGAGGGUGAAGGACCAAACCUGCUAGGGCGAAGCUGGCUACAGGAGCUGGCCAUGGCAGAGCAGCUGAUAAACAGAGUGGAAUCAGCACCGCCAUUACAGCUAGAAAAGAUGCUUGAAAGACACUCAGAAGUGUUUAAAGAAGGGUUAGGACAACUGAAAGGCGUCACAGCGAAGAUCAAUGUGGAUAGGGAAGCACAGCCAAGAUUCUGUAAACCACGACCGGUGCCAUACGCUGUCAAGCCAUUAGUAGAGAGAGAGAUACAGAGGCUGCAGGACAACAAGAUCAUAGAACCAGUGCAGUUUGCAGAGUGGGCGGCGCCGAUUGUCCCAGUCAGAAAACCAGAUGGGUCAAUUAGAAUUUGUGGGGAUUAUAAACUCACUGUUAACCGCGCAUCGCGGGUAGACCAGUAUCCAAUCCCUAGGGUUGAGGACCUGUUUGCACAGUUAAAUGGGGGGCAACACUUCACAAAAUUAGACAUGAGUCAUGCCUAUCAACAGGUCGUUCUGGAGGAAGAAUCCAGGAAGUAUGUAACCAUUAACACACAUAAGGGCCUGUUCGAAUAUACCCGUCUACCUUUCGGAGUAGCCUCCAGUCCAGCAAUUUUUCAGAGAACCAUGGAGGGCAUCUUAGGUGGCAUUCCAAAGGUGGCCAUUUAUUUGGACGACAUCUUAAUUACAGGUGAAAAUGAACAAAAGCAUCUGGAAAACCUGGAAGAAGUUCUCUGCAGAUUGGAGAAGAGCGGACUAAGAUUGAGAAGAAGCAAGUGUGAGUUCAUGGGUAGAGAAGUGGCAUUCCUAUGCCACAAAAUAAACGCCAGUGGGUUGCAUCCUCUGACAGAAAAAGUAGAUGCUAUAGCCCAAGCCCCUGAACCAAAAAAUGUCAGUGAAUUGAAAGCUUACCUAGGCAACACUAAUUACUACCACAGAUUCCUCCCGAAACUAUCCACACUACUGGCUCCGCUACAUGCCCUUUUAAAAAAGGAGGAAAAAUGGUCAUGGGGUUCAAAACAGCAGGAGGCAUUCACAGAAUCAAAAGUGCUUCUUCAAUCCUGUAGUGUGUUAGUUCACUAUGAUUCAAACAAACCCCUCAUCUUGGCGUGUGAUGCCUCGCCCUAUGGGGUGGGGGCAGUACUUUCCCAUCAAAUGCCAGAUGGCUUGGACAGACCAAUAGGGUUUGUUUCAAGGACUCUCAAUGCCGCUGAGAAAAAUUACUCACAGCUAGACAAGGAGGGACUGGCCGUAGUCUUUGGAGUGAAGAAAUUCCACAAGUAUUUGUAUGGGAGAAACUUCACCAUCGUAACCGAUCAUAAGCCACUAAUUUCGCUAUUCAGCGAAAUGAGAGCCAUACCCCAGAUGACAUCUCCUCGGAUCCAGAGGUGGGCAGUCACAUUAGGAGCUUAUGAGUACACCAUUAUCUACAAGGUAGGCAGAGACCACACAAAUGCAGACGCUCUGAGUAGACUGCCACUGGAGAUGAAAGAAAAUGAAACACCUGGAGAGGAGGAGAGAGUAUUGUUGUUGGAAGACAGUGAAACACCUCUGAUUAAGGCGCAGCAGAUAAAGAAAUGGACUGACAAAGAUCCGCUGCUGGCAAGAGUAAGGGAAUUCAUUCUAAGAGGUUGGCCAAAGAAGGUGGAAGAUCCGGCAUUCACACCAUACACCCGGCGUCAAGAGGAGCUCAGAACCCAGGAAGGUUGUGUGUUGUGGGGAGGGCGAGUAGUGGUUCCUCCACCGGGGCGCAAUGCUCUGCUGAGGCAGCUCCACCAGACCCACCCAGGCAUUACACGGAUGAAAGGUUUGGCACGUAGCUACAUGUGGUGGCCAAAUAUGGAUGCAGAGGCGCUGGUGAAGGAGUGUGUGACAUGCCAGGAAAAUAGAAACAGUCCUCCAGUGGCCCCAUUACAUCCGUGGGAAGUUCCAGACAAGCCAUGGAGAAGAAUCCACAUUGAUUAUGCUGGUCCAUGGAAAGGAAAAAUGUUCCUGAUUCUGGUGGACGCGUACUCAAAGUGGAUUGAAGCACAUGCGGUGACGGCACGACGGCAGAAGCAUCAGAGGAACUGA